AUGAAGCCGGACCGGACAGACCAGCCCGGGCUCAGCGACCGGCUGAUGGUGGUGUGCAUUGCUGCCUUAACGCCUCUGUCUGCUCAGCAGGACCGAGCGGUGCCCAGUGCUGCCGAGGCGACGCCAACAGCACAGAGCGCGCCCGAAGCAACGACAUGGAGGUGGUUUGGCACUUCUUCUGCGUUCACUGGCAUCAGGAAAUAUGAGGUCUCUGAGUGCUCAUCCUGUCAGGCCAGUGGCCAAGCACUGAAACAACCAUCAGUGUAUACUCCCAUAAAGGUCUCUGAGUGCUCAUCCUGUCAGGCCAGUGGCCAAGCACUGAAACAACCAUCAGUGUAUACUCCCAUAAAGAUUGACGGUGCUGUGGAGGACGUCAUUGGAGUGGAGGAGUUGGCAGAGGACCUUAAAAUCCAAGAAAGCUUGAGGAGCAUUGUCAGUGACAAUGUAUCCAAAAAACAAGAGAAAGCGAAGGGCAGAGCACAACAAAUUGGGACUGUGUUUAAACCUGGUGACCGAGUGUGGAGGCAGAACACACGCAGUCAGCAGAGAAAAGACAAAGCUUCAGCCUCACCAGCUGUCCGCUGCGUCUGCCACGGCGGUGGCGAGACCGGCGUUGGCGACUUUUUCGCCGAGGAGUCGGAGAGGGACACCUGCACAGCCUCCACAAGCAAUCUACGGCGGAAAGAGGAGGAGGAUCUCCCACGCUGUCUGAUCAACACAGAGGGGGCGGUGGCAUCAGAUGCGGCCACCGGGGAAGCCGGAUGUUCACCACGGACCACAUCUGUCCCGUACAUCAGGUGUGAAGGACGAUUUGCUGGAGAGUUGGGGCCUGAAACCUUGGGCCUGGCUCCAGUCCUGGACCACACAGCAGCUGCAGGUGGAAGCGCCAUCGUCACAGCUGCCGCCGGAGGAGCCGGCGCGUCUGCAGGUGGAGGGGCCGCCGUCGCCACGUCCAGCCCCGUAGUGGAUGGGAGUGUUGAGAACAACAUUUCAGUUGAGGAAAUGACUGAGGACAUCCUUAAACUGGAUGAGGCAUUUCAAAGUGCAAUAAAUAAUAACCAGGCCAAAACUCCCCAAAAAAAGGCCAAAAAAACUGCCCCACCCUUUCAGGUGGGUAUUAAGGUCUGGAGACUUAAUGUGAGGAGCCAGCAGAGAAAAGGGGGGAAAUUAGACCCUAAUUAUCUAGGGCCCUUCACAAUUGUGGCCAUAGACGGCAAAAGAGGAGCAAAGAAGAGUGCCACACAAGAUAACAGAUUGCACACCUACCCCGCCGUCGUCUCACCCGCCUGCCACCCCGCCAUCAUCACACCCGCCCGCCACCCCGCCGUCAUCACACCCGCCUGCCACCCCGCCGUCAUCUCACCCGCCUGCCACCCCGCCGUCAUCAGGUGCGCCCAAAAGGACCUUCUCUGGCCUCUCCACAGCCACUGCCAUUACAGGUUAGAUGCACCUCCCCUGCAUCCACAAACUCCACAAUGUGAAGGACGCAUCGGAGGGGAAAAAAACAUAUGUUCUUCUUUCCAAAAUUGGGCCCCUCAAAGUGUUCUUUCGGGACAUAUUCAAUACUGGACCACAAAGAGAACUGGAAAGCGAGGUGAGGUUAUCAAUGCAUAUCUGUCCUUGCUAAUUAAAAAAUAUAAUGACAACAAAGCAGACAGGGCAUGUGCCGUGGACACUUUUGAAAUGACCCGCAUUUGGGAUGGACUGAAACCCAAAGUAAAGAUAGUCCCACAGCUAUACAAGUUAAUCGUGGGCAUUGUCAAUGCGGGAGACAAAAAAACAGUUUAUCUAGAUCCACUGGGUGAAAGAAAAAGCUCAAUAAACCACUGCAAGGAUGUUACAAGAUCAUUCAUGAGACACAGGGGGCUGAACGUGUCCAGAUGGGCAUGUGAGACGAGGUCUCACCCACUGCAACAUGAUGCCACAUCUUGUGGUGCCUAUGCAUUGAAGUUUGCAGAGUGCAUCUUGGGUGGAUUACCCCUUGAGUUCGAUAACUCAACAUCUGGCGUGAACUCUAUCCGAGAACACAUUGCCGUUUCCAUUUUGGAAAACACAGAUGACUUGAGUAACUUGUGCCAUCUGUGUGGGGAGCAGGAUGGGGACACUCAUUGGCUGAGGCUCCUGCGCAGCACCACUGAGCUCUGGCUGCUGCACACUGAGCUCCGGCUGGGCCUCAGGUCCACCAACCUGUACCUGUACAACACUAACAGCAGGCUGUGCAUUUUUCGUUACUGCCUGAACGGACUUCCCCAGACUGAGCGGCUGAUGGAGGCCUUUCCUGUUCAGCUGACGGAUGGGAGGGAUCUGUCUCUUCCACUAGGUGGCGCUGUGGACAAUUUGGACACAAAAGGAGACACAAAAGGAGGCUGCCAUCCAUGGCUUAAUGGUGUACCUAAGGAAAAGGAGGAGCAAUUCUUCAAAGAUGAG